AGUUCAAUUACAGCCUAAAAGGAGAGGCUGUGAACACAAGUUUGUAAGAAGUAGCCUUGAUGACGUAUGUCAUCACGACUUUAUAGCCCGAAAUGUCCAUUGUACUUAAAUCUUCAUGUCUUCUCGUAACCUUAAUCUUUUUAUACCUCACCUAUCUUUUACUCGGAGCGCUUGUAUUUUCGGCUAUCGAGCGACCUGUGGAAGAGAGUCUGAAGACAGAGCUGAAUUCUCUCAAAGCCGAGCUUCUUAAUAAUCUGACCUGUAUUAAUGCCACGAUACUGGAAAACUUUUUAGUACGAGUUUUAAGAGCCAACAAAUACGGGGUGUCCGUUUUGCACAAUAUAUCGACCAAUUCAAACUGGGAUUUGGCGUCGUCUUUGUUCUUUGCGAAUACUUUGGUAACAACCGUGGGCUAUGGCCACACAACCCCUCUGUCGGAUGCAGGCAAAGCCUUCUCCAUCGUGUAUGCUUUGUUGGGCAUCCCCUUCACCAUGCUUGUGCUCACGACGUGUGUGCAGCACCUCAUACAGCCACUGACCUACAGACCAAUGAGGCUCUGGCAGCAGUGGGCUGGAUGGCCACUGCGCACUGCCAGCACCGUGCACUUCCUAAUCCUGAUCCUUAUCGUGAUGCUGGUCUUCUUCGUGGUGCCAGCUGUGGUGUUUAGCCGCAUCGAGGAGUCAUGGACGUUCCUGGAGGCCUUCUACUUCUGCUUCAUCUCCCUCUGCACCAUUGGCUUGGGGGACUUUGUGCCAGGGGAGAGGCCCAACCAACAGCUGAGGCCCCUCUACAAGGUCUCCGUUAUGGUAUAUCUGUUUGUGGGCUUGAUGGUGAUUGUCCUGGUCCUGCGUACCUUUCAUAAGUUGGCAGAUGUGCAUGGCUGGACAACAUUCUUCCACCUGCCCACCUGUGAGGAUGAAGAUGAUGAGGCCAUAGUUGAAGCUCUGGAUGGAGCGCAGUGUGAACAGGAGACUGCUACUAAGCCAUUGGAUCCCAGCUCUCAGGUGUUCUAUAAUUCCAUGAGCAAAUAAAAUGAUUGCUGUGCCUUGGGCUUCCCCAGUUGCUCCUGUAGUCAUCGUUACUUUGUCUACCCGAUAGAAUGGGGGAAAGAGAGGCCCCAGAAAGGCUACCAUUGGUUCAUGUAGUAUAUCAUGACUCAUGGUGGUGGGGUCUUUUUUUUUUUUUUUUUUUUACAACCAUUAGUUUACUGGGCCUUUGGUCUUUAUUUUUGUUUUUACAUAUAAACUGUUUCAUUUUAAUUUAAGAAACUGCUGAAGUAUUUUAAUGUCACUGCUUCUGGUAGUGUGAACGGUCAAUUUGCACUAUGCUGGGCAAAACAAUUGGGUCCAAUUGUAAGUCUUCGUUAUUGAAGUUGAUCCAACCUUUCCUCGCAUCGUUGUCUUUGAGCUGCAGUAAGCAUCAACAAAUUGUGACAGUUUGAUUACCUUGUGUGUUCUGUAAUGUUCUAUUUCUAUAUGGACCACACUGGCAUGGUGCAGUGAUAACAGUAUUUUAAAAUGACUGUUGAAUAUAUUAUGGAAUAAUGCUUAUACAGGUAAUACUAAGAGUGUUUGUUUGUUUUUCUUACAUUUGAGAGAACUGAGUAAUAGGAUGUCUUAAUGUAGGACUUUAACCCUUUCUUGUAUGAAUUAAAUGGGUUUGUUUUUUGUUUUUUUUCCUAAUUGGAUUUUCAUUUUUAUAUGCAAAAUGAUGGUAAAAUCUUUAUCUUCACAUUGAACACAUUGCAAUAAUGGUAGGGGGAUGACAUGAAAUAAAAAAUUAGAUAAAGCA